GGCCGAGGCGGAGGUGCGGCAAUAGACCCAACCAGGCGGCUGGAGGGAGCGGGAAGGGCAGGCGGCGUGCCCACCUCUUCCGCCCCGGCCCGGAAGGCUGAUGUGGCUGGGCCAGUGCCGGGCUCACUAUGGAAAUCAACAUUUGAAGCUCCAAGACAAUGUUAUGCACAGAGAAGUUCCUUAUUCACCACCUGGGCGAACUGUUUUGAUGAUGUCUGCCAUUUUCAAUUUUCAGAGUCUGUUGACUGUAAUCUUGCUGCUUAUAUGUACGUGUGCUUAUAUCCGAUCCCUGGCACCCAGCCUCCUGGACAGAAAUAAAACUGGAUUAUUGGGAAUAUUUUGGAAGUGUGCCAGAAUUGGUGAACGCAAGAGUCCUUAUGUUGCAGUAUGCUGUAUAGUGAUGGCCUUCAGCAUCCUCUUCGUACAGUAGUUUGGGAAAAUGCCAGUGUUUUUUGGCCAUCAGAUGCAGUAUGAACAAGGACUUGUCUGCGGAUAAUAAUGAGAAGAAUGGUUAACGCUUUUAUCUCUGAACAUUGAGAUAAAUUUCCAGAUGCUGUUCUCUAUUUUUAUGUUAUUGGACCAAUGAGCUACAUAUAUACUUAAGUUAUAACCAUUUAAUACACAGAGUUUGAUGGUCUGUAACAGUCAACCUCAGCACUGUCACGCCAAUAUUACAUGCUACAAAUGUCAUUCUCUUGUGUCAGGUACUCGUUUUUAGUAAAGUAUCUUGAAGACACAGUAGAAAAAAAAUUGGUAUAUUAUACAAGUUUCUUUCACUAUGACUUGAAAAGUCUAUAGAAUAAGACCUUUAAGGCAGUGGUUAUUUUUAUUGAGAAAAUUUGAGUGAUUUUUGUCAUUCUUAAGGAUUGCAUUUGUAUUCACAAUGCUAAUCAGUAACCGGAGUACCUCUGUUCUUGGCAAAUUCCAUAGUUUAUUACAGGUGUUAAAAAUAUUUAAAACAAACCUCUGCCAUUGUCAGCAGCAAGGUACAUGAGAUGUGACUUAGGUAGUACUGGAAAAAUGUUCAUCUGCAACAUAAGAGUGAGGCUUCUGGUCAAGUGUGAUCAAGGAUGUGGCUGCCAUCCUUUGCAAAAGACAUUCUUAGACUCAAAAGAGCAAAUAGAACAAUUACAGAAUGAUAAUCCUAUGUGUUUUUCUUCUUUGUUGUGUCACGUCUUCUAAAUAGAACAUUCAUUGUAGUUACCACAAAUUAAGUGUAUUUUUGUUUUGUUUUCUAACAGCGCUUUAAAUCUAGUUUAUGUUCUGUCAUCUUAAACUGGAAUCUGUUUUGUAACUUUGUGGGUGAUAAACAGAUCUUAGGUCUACUUAUUCUGUGUACUAUCUAGGUAUCUUUCAACUUUGAUAUUGAAGCAAGAAUUUUAGUAAUUUUUGCAUAGUCAUGAAAAAUAUUUCGAAAUGUACCUUAUGUGUUUUACAAUAGAGCAGUUAUAAUACCUGAUUAACAUUUCUUCAGGUUCACCUGAAAAAUCUGUUAUUUCAAAGCUACGAGGAACUUAAAUUCUAACUAAAAAUACUUACAUUUAUUAAUAAUUGUUUUCAGCCAGUUAAAUUCCCUGUAAAAGUAAAAAAGAAGAAACCUUUUCUUAGAAAUGAAAUUUCUAUAGAAACGAAGUAAAAAAUUUGAAAUCUUUUUUUUUUUUUUUUAAGCAGGGUGUCACUAACCUAAACUGCCACCAAAGUCAGCUAGGCCCCCAGUGUUUGAAGACUGCUUUAAACUAUUUGGAAUGAAUUCUAGAGUAACAUUUAUUUUAUGGUUUGUUGGGGUUAUUUCUUUGUUUUGUUUGGUUGUUUUGAAAGGCACUAUAGGGUAUCAAUAGGAUUUCAUAUUUUUUGAAUGUCUGUAGCUAGUUAAAACUGAUACAUUUUACUUUGGAUAGGGAAUCGGGUUUUGAUAAUUAUUCCUACUCUGAACUGCAUCUUGGGUUUUACAUUAGGUCAAUGAUUUUCAGGGUAUCCCAAAAUUAGGACUGCCCUGUCAGCGUAUUUGUGCAGAAUGAGCCACUUUUCUGGUCUGAUUUCUGGGCAACCCUCUGUUGUCCAUCUCUGCUACCAACUGGAUUGUCCAGAAGUAUUGUCAGUUUUUUUUUUUUUAAGCUAACACAAAUAUAUGAAAUGGGAAAGAAUAAAGAAUCUAGUCUAAAACGUUCUCUUGAUUUGGCAUUUAAGAUGAUGUGGGUGAAAAUUAGAGGAAAAAAAAUGGUUAUCUUGUCGAUGAUAAAAGUAUAUAUGCCAAACAGCAGGAAGCAGCUUCUUUUUAACCUCACCCAUCCUGAUGUUCUUAAGUACAAGCUCUUUGGGAGAUGGAAAAUAGAUACAAAGGUACAGACUCCUGUAAAGAAAAGUAAUUAGCCUUUUAUUUCCUGUAAUUUUUUUUCAAAGCUUCAAUGCUGAAUCCUGUUUUCCAAACCAAAGGGUGGUGGUAUAGGAGGUGUAAAGCCCACAGAAUAUUAUUGUGUUUUGAUGGGUAGGAGAUGGGGCAAUGUGAAAAAGCCAUAAAGUAUGCAGCAAGUGGGAAGCCUCUGCCCCAAAUACUUGCUGUGAGACUUGAGGGGACAGUGGCCACUGAAACCCACAACUUCUAAACUCAGGUGGUCUUCCUAGCCAUCUUUCUGCCUCUAGAGUCUUGACUCCAUGUCUCAGAAUGUUUGGGGAUAUUUAGCUCCUGAUUAGCUUCAAUUUUGUCAUUGACAGGGCAGAGGUAUGCCUUUUUUCACAGUCUUCCAAGAUGGCCAGUCAAAAGGCCACAUGAUCUGUCAAAAGAUUUAAGUCCAGUGUAUCACUAAUGCCCAUUAUAUUUAUGCAGGCACUACCUUAAAGACUUUUACAUGUUCAGAUUCAAGCUGUUUCCUGUUGGGGAUAAUAAGAAUAUGAAAUUUGUAAUAAAUCCCUUCAUCUUCAUAAUAAAGUUAGUCUAGCUGUACCAUAUAAUGACACAGGUUUCCAUGAAAUUAGCUUUUCCAAGUUUGCAAAGUUAAGAACAGAUAAUCUGCCUCCUUUUGUGAAAAAAUAUUUAACACUUGUAAAUAAUUUCUAUUCAAGAAACAUUUACAGAAUUCAUACAGUAUGUUACCAUUCAGAUGAGUACACAGUUUCUUUGUGUAUUCAUAAAAUAGUACAUGAAAGGGCAAGUUAAUAUAUACAAAAUGUGAUAUGGUAACAGUUACUGAGAUAAUCCCAGGAUUCUAGAAGAAAAUGAAGAAAGAAUAACAAGUCACUGAGUAGAGUUUCUGGAACAGCACUAAAUAGCUGAACCUGAGGCCAUUUUGAAAAACCACAGUGGGAUUUUUGUUGUGGCACUCAGGAAGCAUUAUAAUAUCCAUUUAAAUGGAUGGAUGUUGAAGUCUCCUCUUUUGCCUACCUCAAAAUUAAAGUUGAGCUUGUUUUCUGUCCAGCCUAACGCAAGUCCUACAGGAGGAUAAUGAAAUCUCCCUUGGUUUAUAGGCAAGCAAGGUUAUCUAGGAACACAGUAGUAGAUUCUGAGAUUUCUCUAAAUAGUGUGCAGAGACAAAUAGCCAGUCAGUGUUUUCAGAAACUUAACAAUUCAUAUUCAAUCCAAGAUCAGAGCAGCCCCAAUUGUGAAAGAAGAAACCUCGAAAAGUGCACCAUUUACAUUUUCUGAAUCCACAACAAACAUUUCCAAUGCACAAGAACUUAGCUUCAUUCAUGCCUUUAAGAAGUUACUCAGUCUUAGCAAGUGGAAAACCAGAGUGGAAAAGUCAUAGGGACCACUCUUUUGUAUCCAUCCAGUAAAUAAAUGUUCCCAAAAUGUUGCUGGCAAUCAGCCUUCUUACCUUAACCAGAAGAUCAUUUCUAGCUUCUGAGAAAUAGCUUCAUAAUUGUUGUUGAUAACACUAAAAAUGGUUUCUUUUACUUUGCCCCAAACAAAUUCCAAAAUAAUUUGAAAUGCUCCUCCAAUAGCUUUUGGAGAAAGUAGAAAUAUGUUUCCUGUUUGAAGGUAUAGAUAAUUGUCCUAAUCUUUGGUUAGUUCAUGUCUGGUGUGUAAUAAAAAAAAAAAAAUGAACUUUCAA